GGUGUUUUUAGAAUUCUGACUGACCGGCCACCACCACAUGGCCAGUAGACGGUAGUAUUCGUUCUGACGCGGUCGUUAAAACAUUCGCGCACUCCGUUCAUUCUUUAAAAAUACUCGUACAAGUCUUGCUUCUUCGUACCCGGAGUUCCAGAAAUUUCAAACUAAAAAGACAAUGGCACCCAAAAUCAUGUCGCUGAUCAUCUUGUCGGUUGCGUCCGCUGCAGUGUUAGUCUCGGCCGCUUCCCCGCCGUUUCAAGAACGCAAAGCCAUAGUUGUUCUCAAGGGACCCGGUCAGGUGAACGGUAACGUGACAUUUAUCCAGGCUAAUCGCGGUGGCCCGGUUAUGAUAACAGGAGUGGUGUCCGGUCUUACCGAAGGACCACACGGUUUCCACGUUCACGAGAAAGGAGACGUGAGCAACGGAUGCAUAUCCACCGGAUCGCACUUCAACCCACAAGGGAACAAACACGGCGGUCCCAAUGACGAAACCAGACACGCCGGUGACUUGGGCAACAUCCAAGCAGACAACACGGGGGUGGCGCAAUUCUCUUUCUCCGACCCUCUCAUCUCGCUGGUCGGUGCCCACAACAUCCUCGGCCGCGCUGUGGUCGUGCACGCCGACACCGACGACAUGGGCCGUGGAGGAUUCACCGACAGCCUGACCACCGGACACGCCGGUUCCAGGGUGGCAUGCGGAGUCAUCGGAAUCCUUGAUCCAGUUACGGCGUGGGACAAAUCGGCGGGUCACAGAAGUACGACCACAUCACACGUUUUGUUACUGACAGCCGUGGCCGCGAUAGCAUCCACGUUGGCCGCCAAUUCGUUGUAAUCUUCUAUGCGUCUAUGUCUAUGUCUAUAUGCUCUAUCCACCUGCAUCUCUACCGCUACGCCACCGUUGCGCGUCAUCACAAAAAUCUUCUGUUAUGAUAUUUUUUUUUUGUUUGAAAAACCAUUAUUAUUAUCACUAUAAAUUAAGACCUUACUGACCCCCCCCC